AUGGAGUCUAAUGUUUAUCGGGAAAUCAAAAUUAUCGAAUGGGAGCACCUGGACAAGAGGAAGUUCUUCUCCCUGGGUGCAUUGUUAGCCUUAACCAACCGGGCCACGGUCUAUCCGACCAACGUCAUCGGAACCCGUCUACAGGCGCAGAAGGGAAAGAGCCUCUACUCCGGCACCUUUGAUGCUCUCUGCAAGAUGGUGACCUCAAAACAGGCUCAUUUAACCACCUAUGAACUGGUGCGCAAGUGUGUGUCCCUGCACACGACCAAUAACACAGUGAAGUCAUUGGUGGCAGGAGGGGCAGCGUCCCUUGUGUCCCAGACAAUCCGUGUGCCCAUAGAGGUAGUGUCUCAGCACCUGAUGAUGCAAGGACAGGGGGAACACCUGACCCGCUUCAAGACCACACCCAAAGUGAUGCUCGACCCAACCAAGGGAAGAUUAACCUUGGGGCAGGCGCAUGAAAUUGCACGACCACAGCUGAUAUUUGCAGCUGAUGGAUUCAGGGGCUUUUACAGGGGCUAUGUGGCAUCACAACUCACAUACAUCCCCAGCAGUGCACUGUGGUGGCCUUUUUAUCAUUUUUAUACAGGUAAAUCUACGCCUUGCUAACUGAGGUUUCCCAUGACUUUUAAUUGCUGCUGCAUGCCUGUCAAAAUCGAUACUCAGUGUUUAUUUCGGUCUAACAAGCCCAAAAGAUAGACAUAUAUAAAAG